AUGCAGGUUUCACGUCCCAAGAGCAUGCCAGAUUUCUCUGCACUACUAGACGCUUCAACACCUCUGUUUGAAGCUCGCGCACAAAACCGACGACAGACUUCACCAGUGCGAGGCCAAGGAUAUCCACGCAAGAAGGUCAGCAUUUCGCUGGCAGCAGGCCUGAUCAUGAACGAAAACCAGAAGAACGCGGGAGCACUCGACUCGCCUUACAAGCAGAGUCUCGACGGCACACAAGAAGAGGAACAGGAUGUUAGCGAAGACGCUUUAUUCCAUGCGUACGCGCUAAAGGUAAGGACCCCAGUACCACUGUCUGCCUAUGAAGCUGACAUGGGCGCACAGAGCGACUUUCCAAAUUCUCCUCCUUACAUCCUCACAUUUGCCUCAGCCGCCAUCUGCACGCAAUGGUGGGCCCUCGUUCGGCGCGAGUACUCCGAUGCGAUGCGUCCUAGCCCACAGCUUUUCGUGAUGAAAAGUGACGAGUUGGAGCACAUAAACGAUAACUUGAGGUUCUACGGAUUGAGAAACAAAUGGUUCCUCACCGGACAGGACAACUUGUCGAAUACGUCGCCUGUCAUCCCACUACAAAGCGCAGACGGCAGAGCACUAGCGCCCACACAACAACCGCACACAGAGAGACCUUCAUCUUCGUCAUCUGCAUCUGCAUCUGGCGUAGAAAGCCUGACGGAGAAGCUAGACAGGCUUGCAAGCGUGGUUGAGAAGAAUGUGGAGCAGAUCCACGCCCUCUCUGUUGCCCAGUCGGCUGGUCUGCAGCGUAUGCAAGAAAUCAACGAGACCAACACGGCCCAGAUCAUGGGUCUUGCUGAUCAGCAAGCCAAAUUGCAGGCACUCAUUGAUCAGAACGCGUCACACUAUAUUGCCCUCUCGAACAACUCCUUCGAGUCCCAAGAGCAGAUCAAGACUGUCAUGAAAACCACAGCGACCCAGAUACAGAGCUUGUCAAAGAACCAGGCGCAGUUGGCUAACACUUGCGAUGGCAUGAUGCGCGGUAUCGACAAUCUCGCAGCCAGCAUAUCGCAGAUGAACGUCGGGCCAGCUCCAUCUGAAACGUCAAGCGCAGUCUCUUCUCCCGUGCCAUCAGGCGUCAUGGGCAAUCGCAUAACACCGCCACCAAGAAAGCUCAACCGCAGAAUCAAGGGGGUCUGGUAUGAAUAUGACAUGUCAUCAACAACGCCGACCUCAUCACCAAAGAAGAGUGUGGGCUUCACGGAUACACUCUCUAAAAGCCCUGCGACUCCGAAAAAGGCGUGA